UGUCCUUAAGUCAUAUGAUCAAAACAGGAAGUACUGCGAAUAUAAUGCAGGUGUGGUGAACGGAAUGUGAAUGUAGAAGAGAAAAAGAUUAAGAUAGUUAGUCUAGUCUACCUUUCAAGAUCUGGCCCAUGAAAAGAAGAAGUCACAACUGUCUAAUAGCGACAACAAUGGGGACGUUUUUUCUGCUCAUGAUGGUGUUGUAUGGCACCAUCAAUUCACAGCAGUCAGAAAGCCCUAGCUACAAACAAGAUUACAGACUCCUAGGAAGACCACUGUACAAACUGGAUAUAUCCUGGCCAAAAUACCCUGAGCUGUUUAGUGGUGAGGUGUUUGGAGUGGCUGUGGAUCAGUAUUCUGGUGUGGUGUAUGUUGCACAGAGAGGUGAGGCAGUGCCCCAUGUGCUGGUGUUCUCCUAUGACGGAGAGCUCCUCUUGGCCUGGAACACCAGCACCCUGGACAUGCCUCACGGAAUCUUCCUAGCCAACGCAGACACCAACCCCACUGUCUGGGUCACUGAUGUUGGGAAGGGCCCAUAUGGUCACUGCGUGAAGCAGUACUCUCCCGCUGGGACGCUGCUGCAGGUGCUGGGGACACCAGGGAAGGCAGGUUCUGGGCUUAACCCUCUGGAGUUCGACCAGCCUGCAGAGGUCUUUGUCCACAGCUCUGGGGAGAUCUACAUCGUGGAUGGCGAUGGAGGCAUGAAUAACCGCCUCAUUAAACUUUCCCCAGAUCUGGAGGUGCUGUGGAUCCAUGGAGAGAAGGGCCAAGGCCUCGCCCAGUUCUACAUCCCUCACAGCGUCACCGUGGACACCUUCCACAGGGUGUGGGUUGCUGACCGAGGAAACAAGCGUAUCCAGGUGUUCAACUCUGUGACUGGAGACUGGCUGGGCACCUGGGGAAGCUGCUUCACAGAGGAUGCGCCAUACUCUGUCAGAUUAACACCAGACCAGAAGUACUUUAUUGUUGUGCAGCUGAAUACCAAUCAGAUCUCAGUGCUGAAGGCUCCACCAGUGGGUGUGAUUGGUCAGUGCCAGGUGGUUAGUGUGAUCCAGUUAGCCGAGGAUGUGAAGCCACAUCUAGUGGACCUGGACCUGAAGACAGGAGCUCUGUUUGUGGCUGAGCUGGGAGCCCAGCAGGCUCAGAAGUUCACUCCCUUCAGUUUGGGCGGCAGCUUCCUCUAGGUAAGUAUACUGUAAAAUACCAACAUACGCACACUGGACUAUAUAAAAAAAACAAACCAUUGUGUGUAUGUGUGUAGUUUGCAAAGCAUACAGUCCAAAAGUAUUCCAAAACCAAUUAUCUCAUGUUAGGGAAUUGAAAACGCUGCAUUGAAAUUUGUCAAAGAAAAAUACCCUUUCUUUUGAAAUCACUAAAAAUCAAAAUCAACUAUUGUAAGGUGACAUUCGUUUUAAGGUUAGUUAUUAUAUGUUGGUUUUUCCUAAGUUGGGAAAUAUGAUAUAAUAAAUUAUAUACAAGACAAAAAAAAAGUAUCUUUUUACAUAAGUAUUCAACUUCAGUAUUUUCCUGCAGAAACAGCCUAAAGUAUUUGGGGGCAAUCCAGCUUUGUUGUUGAAUACUGACGCUAGAUAUUAAAGUCUUUAUUGUAUUUAAAUAGUGCAAGGCACUGUGUAUAUAUAUUCUCUCGGUCUUCAUGUUUUUUCUUUUCUGUACAUAAAUAUACACACGACAAUACUUUAGAUUAUAUUCACAAAGGAUUAACCAAUUUGUCUGUCUUAAUUACUGGCAUGAAACGGGAGUAUUUGAAUGUCAAAGGGAAAAUACCUUUAAUAUUCUUUAUAAGAGGGGGUGUGAGGGUGAUCUGAACAUCCAGAAAACAUUCCAAAAGUAAAAUGCUUUGAGUUUUUUUUUUUUAUGUUUUUGGGGGCUUUUUAUUAAUUUGAGAUAGCUACAGGAAAAGCAGGGUUGGAGAAAGUGAAUGACGUGCAGGAAAAUCCCAGAAACGAACAAAUGUGUUACCAGGGCACCCCAAAGAUUUGAAUGUUUGGAUGUGCCUAUCCCUUCCAGCGAGGAUUUAGCUCUGACCAUACUACCAUAUGACGUGUGAAAGCUCAGUGUACAUGUCCAAAAAGCUCAUCACCGAUAACUCCAGUGGUCACAUGCUAAUAUAAACAAAUGCAUGCAAUAAAUUAUCAUUAUUUUUAAGGCAUCUACUUUUUCCCAGUAUAAAAUAAUAUGUAUUAGUUAAGGUUCUAUCAAAGUAAAAACUAAACACUGGAUAGUUAUAUUACAAAUACUGUGCCACUUGGAUUCAAAUCUGUCUUUUUUAAAUCUGUGUAUAACACAGUAAUUAUUUUGUAAGUGACCAUAAUUAUCUUAUUUGUAUGUUUUUUUGUGGCUUUGAUGGACAUGUUUGUGUAUGUUUUGUAUUGCAAAAACAAUGAAUAUGAAUUUGUUUUGUAAUGAUCCUAAGGGAACAAUCCACUCAUGUUUUGCUUAGAACGCUAUGUAAUUAUUUUCUGGACUUCUUUUACACAUCCUUGGUAAAAGGUUAAGAAAUGUUUACAGUUCAAAAUGGAUAUUGUGGUUUUAUGUUGUCAUAUAUGAAUGUGGUUCCUGUAUUGUUACCAUUAAUUGUAAAUGUAAUGCCAUGCUGCUUUUAUUGUGCGAUUGUGUGUUUUGACCAGAAACAUUUAAUAUUAACGUUGUAUGCUAGUACGUCUUUUCCUCUAUAGCUUUAAGUGAGUUAUCGUCAUCAUUAGUAAAUAAACGUAAUGGGUAGUCUCAAUGACCCAAGGCCAUAGCCAUGGAAUAAACAUUGGGGCGGACUAAUUAA